AUGGCGUGCGAGAAUCCUGAGCACGCGGCUCUCGAGAGCGAGCUGAACGAUGCGCUGGAAGAAGCCCUGCAGAUGGAGGAGCGCCUCGCCGCGUACGAGGCGGCUGGGGCGGGGGCUGGCGUCGACGGCGGGGGUGCUGCUGCGGCGAAGGCCUUGGAGGAGAUCGCAGCGCUGACGGAGCAGGCGGAUACUCUGGAGAAGGAGCGCGAUGCCUACGAGCAGGACUACUUGAACCAGAAGGAUAGGGUCGACAACCUGGAGACGCAGCUCGAGGACAAGGAUCGGAAGGUCAAGGAGCUGGACAAGCUGCGGCGGAAGCUCGAGGAAGACUUGGAGAACACGCGGAAGCUUCUCCAGACCGAGAAGACCAAGGCCGCGGACGCUCAGAAGCGGGCCGGCGGCGCGGACAAGACGAGGCGCACCGAGCAGAGAGACCAGAUCAAGGUCCUGCAGGAGCUGCAAGACCUGAGGGAGCGAGCGGAGGACCUAGAGGCUCAGGUGAAGGAGAGGGACGUGGUGGUGGAGGAGCUGGUGCUGAGCAACCAGGCGCAGAUGGAGAGAAACGAGACCCUGACGGUACAAAACGAAGACCUCCGGGGGGAGUUCAACGAAGCGAGCCAACUCCUGGAGGAGAAGGUGCGGGAGCUGCUGGAUUGCCACGACCAGCUGGAGGUGGCCAGGGAGGCGGAGGAGGAGUACGAGCGCCGCCUGGACGAGGAAGAGGCGAAGGGCAGAAGGAGGGUCCACGCGCUUGAGGAUGAGUUGCGAGCCGAGAAGACCGUUGUUGCUCAGCUCCGUGAGGAAGCGGCGAGGGCGAACGAGCGGGGUGGGGCGGCGGCACAGUGGCAGCGAGAGCAGGAGCAGCUCAGAGCGGAGGUGGAGCGUCUCGAGCGGGAUCUGCUGAAGGAGUCUAGCGCCGCGGAGCAGGCGGGCCUGGACCUGGAGGUGCUGACGGAGGAGUUGGAGCUGGAGAGGCGGAAGAACCGAGACCUGCCGCACGAAAUUCGCCUGGGGGAGGCCCACAAGGCCGAGGCGCUAGAGGCUAAGGUGAAGGCUCUGACCUCAGACGUGGAGACCGAGAAGCAGCGGUACUCCGAGCUGGAAGAGAGGAAGGACCACCUGGAGGAACAGCUGCAGGAGGUGGAAGACUGGAAGAACAAGUACGAGGAAGGACACGGGCUCGUCGACGCCGUUCAGUUCCAGAAAAAGCUCAAGAACGAUCUCCACCGCUUGGAGACUGAGCUGGAGCAGCGGAGCUUGAAGAUGGGAGAGGUCAUGGACGCCAACGCGGUGUUGACCAUGACCUGUCAAAGGCUCAAGGAAGAGGCAGGGAAGCCGGAAGACUUCUCCUACGGAGAUCUGGCAGCGGUCAAGAAGGCACAGGCCGGGGAGGUCGCCCGCAUGACCGCAGUCGCGGCGGAACUCCAGACGCAAGUGGACGACCUUAACGACGAACGGGUGCGGCUCCUGAAGAAGCUAAGGGAUGGGGCGGGGGCAGGAUCGGGCGCCCCCACACACGGGGCUGCUGAGGGGAGACAGGGCGACGAAGACGAAAGGAGGCAGCAAAAUACAUCAAGCGACGGCGAAGCGGCGCAACUGUCGGAGGCGGUGAAACGGCUAGCCCUCGAGAUAAGCCGAAGGGACGCGCAGAUCGAGAAGCUCGAGAGGUCUCUCCUCUCGCUGGGCGGAAACGACCCCACCUUCACCGAGAGAGGAGGGGCGGGGGCAGGGAACCCAACAGCCGCAGAAGCGGGCACGGAUCCCGCAUCGUCAGCCGCAGCUGCAGCAGCAGCCGCGACGACGCCUGGCGGCGCGGCAGUGGCUUCACCCCGAGCAUCCUCAUCGGAUGGCGGAAACGUGGCUGAGGAAGGCGCUGGGGUGCUGCCCAGCCGUGAAGAGUUGGACCAGCUCACCAAAGAGAAUAGGUCGCUGAGGGAGGCGCUGACGGCCAUGGCUGUCAAGAGUGGCGCAGGAGACGCCCGCGCAACAGCAGGAGACGGUAGCGGUAAACCUACCCCUGUCGACGGCGGCGCAGAGGAGGCUGGCGCGAAGGAGCAGAGAGCUGUGGAAGAGAUGGAGGCCUCGAGCAAGCUGCAGCAAGAAGCGGCGGACAAGCGGGUGGAGCAGCUGACCCGCGUGAACGAGACUAUCAUGCGCCAGCUGCAGACUCUCAUGGCGAGGAAAGACAGCCCCCGGGAGGCUGCCCGGCGUGCUAGUAGAGCGGUGGGUGGCGGGCGGGCGGCGGCGGCGGCGGCGGCGGCGGCGGCGGCGGCAGGAGGGGAUAAGGAUAAGGACAAGAGCGAGCCCGCUGCUGCGGUCCAGGCCGACAUGCAGCGCUUGAUUGCGGAGAUGGGAGACCUUCGUCAGCUCGUGGCCGGAGGCUUCGCCAACAAGAACACCGCCAAAGCCGCUAGAAACCCGGGGACGGUACCCUCCCAUCCCCGUGGGGUUUCCGGCGACGGCGACGGAGGCGGUGUGGUGCCCAGUGAUUUCCACGCUCCUGCAACGACAGGUGCUUCCCGAGGGGAAGCCGCGGGCGGGGAGGGGGUCCGCGGAAUGAAGGAGGGUGGUACCACCCUGGAAGAGGCGGAGGGGGGCGGCAGGGGGGGGGGUGUUCCCGCUCCCGCGACCGGGAGCGCGGAGGAAUUUUCCGAGAAGCCACAGCAGCAGGGGGGGCCUAAGACCGCUCAGGGGCAGGAAGCUCUCCGAUGGCAGCUAAGGCGACUAAACCUCCCCCCGGAAGAGUGGGCCGAGGACGUCAGGAACAUCAACGCGCAGCUCGUCGAGGCCCUGGAGCAGCUGCGAGAGAGGGAGGCGGAGCUGGACGAGCACGAGGAGUUGAUCGUCAGGUACGAGAGAAACCUGUCCGACAUGCGGGCGCAGGUGGCCGCUCUCUACCGCGAUCACGCCGACCGCGAGAAGGAGUUCGACGAGAAGCAGAAGGCGUCCAAGGCGGAGGCGGGCGUUUUGCGGGAGGAGAGGGACGCCCUCGCCGUGCGGGCGAGGCGGCUGCAGGAGGUCCUGGAUGUGGAGGACGAGGCCGCGGACGACCCCACGGCGCCCCACAGAGCUCUCCGCGACCUGAGCCGUAAGGUUUCCGUGUUGGAGGUUAACGAGGCGGUCAUGGCGAGGAGAUUUACCUCCGUGAAGGAGCAGCUUCAGGUGGAGGCCGAGGCCAGGGCGGCGUCCGAGCGGGAUUUCCUAGAGAUGUCGACGGCGGGCAAGACUAGGGUGCUGUACCUGGAGCAGUGGAAGGCCGGCGCGUCGGCGAGGCUGCUGCGGCUGCAGCAGAGGCUGGACGUCAGCGUCCCUGAACAGGAUCUGGUGUGCACCAGGCGGGAGCUGGAGCAGCUCCAGGAAGAGUUCUUGGGGCUGCUGCACAGCAGUGCGGAGUCUAGGGUGGAGGUCACGAAGCUGCGGGGACUGCCCGAGCGAGUCCGGCAGUUGGACGAAGAACUGUGUUCGGCGAGGACCAGCCUGGCCGCCGCUGAAGAGACCUCGCAGCAAGCCAACCUGAGGCUGGAGAAGGCUGACGCACGCGCAGAGGCUGCGGCGAAGGAGGCGAGCGCCCAGGUGGCCGCCGUCGCCGGCGGUGCUACGCAGGCGGACUUUUCCGGGCUCCUUGCGGAGGUUGCCAAGCACCAAGGCGAGUGCGCCAAGGCGGAGGUAGAGCGCUCGGCGGCGGCGAGGCGGGCGGAGAUGGCCGAGAGAAGGGUGGCCUCGCUCGAUGCGGAGUGCCGCGCGGUCAAGGAGCGCGCGCUUAGCCUGGAGGCCCGCGAGAGGGAAGCGCGGCAGAACGCCCAGGUGGCUGCUGCAGAGCUCAUCAAGGUUCAGAACCGGUUCGAGGGCGGCCUAACCGGCGAGCAGGCGCAGUCUCUUGAGGAGAGGCUGGAGGCGGAGUUGGUACGGGGGGAGGCGUUGGCCUUGGAAGCCGACCGGCACAAAGAGAUCGCCGACAUCGCUUCCGAGCAGACUCUUGCCCUGAACCACCAACGCAAGGAUACAGAGGAUGAGCUGGCUGAGCUGCGGAAAACCGUGUCCGACCUGGAGAGCCGGAGCGAUGACGACCGCCUCAUCGGGCAGCUCCAGAGGAAGCUCACGGCAACGAAGGUGGCUGCCCUGAAGGGUGCUCUGAUCGACUUCGCGGACGGUAAAUCGGGAUCCGACGCCGGUAUCACCGGGCCGGACGGGGCUGCCGGGCCCGAGCGCGGGCUGACGAUAACUCGCGCAAGGGAGAUAGCCGCCAGGGUGUCGGAGCUCACGGCCGCUCUCGAGACAAGCGAGGCGGGCCUUAGGGUCGCGGAGCUGUCCCGCCGGUCGGCGGAGGUCGACGCCGAGACCGCGGAGGAACGCCGCCGCGACCUGGAAACCCUCGUCGCAGACCUGAAACGCCUCGUCAUCCCGGGUAAUCGCGCCGCUGCCGCCGCCGGUGGUGGAUCAAGCAGCGUGUCUAGGGUAUCAAGGGACAACGACGACGACGACAACGCGGUCGGCGGUAGCGGUAGCAGCAUCGACGGUGGGUCGUUGCCGUCGCCGCCUUCCUCCUCCGCCGCCGACAACAACGAGCGCCGGUACGCGGACGGCGCGUACGCUAGCGCCGCCGUGGAGACGGCGGCCCGGCGCCUCCUCUCUCUUAGCGAGGAGCUCCGCGCCGCCAAGCUCGAGGCCGCAGGUCUCCGUCGCCACGUGUCGAGCCUUCGCGAAGACCGCCGUCACCUGGAGCGCAAGCUCGGCGCCUCCGAGGCGGCGGCGCGGGCGCUGGAGGAGGCCAAGGCGGAGGCGGAGACCCGCGCCCUUCUGCUCGCUGACGGGCGCGAGGAAGAGGAAGGCCAUGUGGACGGUGGUAGGUUUGGGGUGAACGAGGGUGUGGCGCGUGAGGGCGGCGGCGGCGGCGGCGGCGGCGGUCUUACGAGUAGCCGAGCAGGGAGGACAGCCACCGGCGGCGAGGGCGGCAGCAACGGUGCUGGGGGAACCGGCGGCGCGGCGACGGGCACCGCCGGCGGGUUUAGCGCGGAGGAACAGCGCUUGCUGGUGGCGGCGUACGCGAUGCCCGCGGGAGCGGAGGCGGACUUCGGUGGGCUAGACCCGGAGGGAACCCUGCUGCGUCUGCGAGACGCCCACGCGAAGGCUGCGUCGUUGACUCGAGCGCUGGAGGGGGUCAAAGCGGAGAGGGACGAGGCGACGGUCAAGGUGGAUGAGGCAUUGCGCACCAGGGGGGAUCUGCAGAGAGCUCUUCGUGCGGAACAUUUGAUAUACGUUUUGGGAAAUUGGUGA